GCGCAGUCUCUUAACUCAGUAGAUGCCCAGCCCUCUGAUGCAGUAGUCCCCCUUUAUCAGUUUCAGGUACCUGAGGAUCUUUGUGAUGGAUGGGCUUAAGGGGUCUUAGUGGCCAACCAGAGCCAUGGACAGCUCGGCCAAAGGAAGCAAAAAGGAUGCCCCUGAUGGACCACCAAAAGACUCGAAGCUGCCUGUCAGUGAGGCCCUUCUGGACUAUCAUCGUGAAAUAAAGGAGAAUGCGGUGGAGCGAUUCAUGUUCCAUAUCAAGAAGCUGAGGGAAAAGAAUCAAAAGUACCAAGAGAGGAAUAGACGCUUGAAGGAGGAACAGAAUUGGCACAUAAAGAAUCUUAUAAAAGAACUGAAAGAGAAGAAUUUGGAUGAGGCACCAAUAGUAACAAGAGAGGAAGUGGAGGAGGCAAUGAAGGAAAAAUGGGAGUUUGAAAGACAACAGGAGGCAAGCUUGAAAGAAAUGCGCAUACAAAUAAAUGAGGCUGAGAAGCUAUUUCUUGAAAAACUCAGUGAAAAGGAAUAUUGGGAAGAGUACAAGAAUGUAGGGAGCGCUCAGCACGCUCAACUCAUUGUUUCCUUACAAAAUGACAUCGACACAGUUAAAGAAAAUGCAGAGAAAAUGUCAGAACAGUAUAAAGUCACCCUGGAAGAUGAAAAAAAGAGGAUAUCCAGAGAAACAAUGAUCCAACUGAAACAGAGGAAAGAAUGGGCCACACAGCACGCUGUAAGGUUCAUUGACAAGAACAACUAUCGAGAGAUCUGGGAAAAUGACUGGCUAAAAAAAGAAAUCACAAUUCACAAGAAGGAAGUUGAAGAACUGGAAGCUUCUAUCCAUCUACUAGAAGAGGAAAAUUUGCUGCUUAUUGACCAGUUAAUUAACUGCAGACUUGUGGAUCUCAAAAUACCCAAGAAACUGUACAUUACUCAAGCAGCUGGGCUACAAGUGACACCCGAAGACGAAUCUUUAAAUUUGGCAGAAGCAGACACAGAGGAGAAUUUGCAGCUGCCCUCCAAAGAGGGGAGUGAAGACAUGUUGGACCUAUUACUGGGGAGCAACCAUGGCACUAGCAGCCCAGAGAUUCAGCCCAAGAAGACAGUGAGUAAAGACGGCUCCAACCCAGAGAUGGAGAGCUCCAUCACCCAGCACUUACUGCAUGAAGAUGAACAGGAUUUCAAGGAAUACGUAAACUUGGGCCCACUGGCAUUGAAGCUAAUGACUGUACAGGGCAAGAAAAUGCCCAUUCAUUUUCAAGAAAAGGAAAUUCCAGCUGAAGUUUAUGAAGACAUGCAGAGGAACCCUGAGAGCCAUAUCACACAUAAGCUGAUGAAGACAUUUAUUUAGGCCUGGGAGCCACACCUUUCUUUAUAAAUUCUUUGAGAAUUAAACGGCCCAAGUUGUUCACUUUCCUCACACAGCCGUCCGUUAGCAAAACUCGUGUUUCUGAUGGUUGUAAUUACCUUUAAAAUUCUGGCUUCAGGUAUCAAGCUAUUUGAUAUACCUGCCCAUCAUGAGUGACAGAAAACACACUGCUUUCUGUACUUAUAUAUUUAGGAUUUCAAAUCCUUCUCAUUUGAAAGUUCAUGGAAUCACUCAUGAACCCAAUAUGGAGUCAUUGUUAGAAAUGUUUUUAAGACAUUUUAGGGUAUGUACAUCAUUGUCUACUUCCCCCUCUGAGUACUAAAUGAUGAUCACUGUAAUGUAAACCUAUCUUUUAUCCUAUUUAUAAUGUGAAUUAGUUUAUCUCUUGUUGAGAUAAAAGGCCCCGACAGUAGGAACUUAAAGGAGACAGGGUUUAUUUUGGCACACAUCUUGAAGGUAAGUCCAUCA